AACAUUACAUUCAAAAAAAAAAAUGACGAUGACGGCGAUAAUCUCCCAUCUUCCAAUGGAGUUGUUAGAUGAGAUAAUCUCUAAACUUUCAUCAUCAUCUACGAGAGCAGUGAGAUUAACUUGCAAAAAUUGGGACUCUUUAUUCAAAAAUCGAGGCCUUAUGAAAGAAGAAGCAGCAGCAAAGGAAGGAGAGUCUCGGAUGAUCGUGUUGAUGGAUAACAAUCUGUGUUCAGUGAGCAUCUUCUUCAAUGGAAUUGACAUUGAUCCAUCUGCAGAGCAAAAAGGUAAACUUACUUGCCUAUACGAUGAUUCAGAACAAGUCAAGAUAUCUCAAGUCUUUCACUGCGAGGGUUUGUUACUAUGCGUCAUCAAAGACGAUAAGGGUAGUCUUGUUGUUUGGAAUCCGUAUUUGGGACAAACAAGGUGGAUCGAACCCAGAUAUUUUUUCCGAAUACCCGAUAGAUAUGACAGGUACAUGUACGCUCUUGGAUACAAUAAUAAGAGUCGCAGCCACAAAAUCUUGAGGUUUAUAGAUGGUCGUCAAUUCGAUUGCCGGUAUGAAAUCUACGAUUUUGACUUUAAUUUAUGGACGACUCUUGACGUUACUCCACACUGGUGUUUAAAUUAUUGCCGUGGUUUUCGUAACUAUGGUGUUACUCUCAAGGGUAACACUUACUGGUGUGCUAUAAGAAGGAACUCAAACGCUUUGCGUGUUGAUCACAUAAUCUGUUUUGAUUUUACAAGUGAGAGAUUCGGUCCGCUUAUGUAUUUGCCGUUUAUUAGAGAUAGGUGUGCAAGCCUUGUGACUCUAUCUUGUGUUAGAGAAGAGAAGCUUGCGGUUUUAUUUUGUUACUAUGAUACUGUUGAGGUAUGGAUUACGACUAAGAUUGAGGCCGAAAAGAUGUCGUGGAGCAAGUUCUUGACAGUGAAAAUGUAUGUUGACCUUCUGGAUUCACAUGCAGCAGGGAGUUUUUUCAUUGACGAGCUGAAGAAAGUUGCUAUGAUUUUUGAUAGACCGAUGCAUCAUCGCGACACAGUUCACAUCGUGGGAGAGGCUGGAUACGUUAAAGAAGUGGAUCUAGGAGAACCUGAUGACAAAUACUUUUUCCCACUUGUGUGCUCUUAUGUUCCAAGUUUAGUACAAAUCAAGAAACCUGCAGGAGGCCAAAGGAAACAACAAAGCAGUUUAGAAAAACGUCGAUGUGAUCAAAACAUAUCGAGACUUAUCGCACAUGAAGAGUUAGUCAAGGAGAGAUAGAUAUAUAUAUAUGACUUAUGAGCCAUCAAAAGGAAAAACCUAGAUGAUUAGU